AUGCUAUACAAACCGAACAGAUUGAAUCUAUUUAAAAUAGCUGCAAAUACAUCUGAGAAUAGAAUUAAAAAUGAAGAGAAUAUUAGACAAGAAUAUACAACAUGUUGGACAAAAGAAAAAGUAUCAGAAACUUUAGCAACAUUUGCGAAAAAUUAUGAUAUCCAUUUAGCUGAUUGUGCAUUCACUUGUUUUGAGCUCAAUUUACCUGAUAAUCAGUGGAAUAGAACAUGUGAAAAAUUAGUUGGACUUGAUAUUAAAAAUCCUAGUUAUAUUAAAGAAAUGUGA